CAAUACCGUCAGUUUUCAAAAAUAGCCCAGCCAGGAAUAAACCGAAAAAGAUUUUCAGUAUCACGCCAACAGAGCAGAGAAAAACAUUUCAGAGCUGAGCCUUCUAUCAAAUUGCACAAGUGCAUCGGUUUGAUGGAAUAUUUCAUAGACUUUUAGACAUGGAAAUUUCUAAUCAAUGUUGUAUCGUCACAAGUGCAUUAGAAAAUGGAACGAGUAGAUAAAAAAGUUAAGAAAGGUGGUCUUUAGCUAUAACAUGGGACGCGGGCAUGCGCAUUGUCAGGGACUUAAGUCUAACAACAAAUUCUGAAAUAAAAAGAAAAUUUCCCCGGGUGCCAAUCAAAACCUACAAGUGGGAAGACGUAAGAAGAUCCCGCAGAAGAGGAGGAUACCCUUGGACUCAUUUGUACAAAGAACCGUUCUACGAUAUCUUCGAUCCCGAACCAUACACCAUGGAAGGAAUGCGUAACGCAAAGAGUUCCUCUACUAUGGGCAAAUCAGAUAUGGACAUAUCCGAAGUCUCUACAUUCGACAACCAAUCCUCUUAUAUGGUAGAAGAAAUAGAAAUUCCCAACAUAGAAGUAAAAGACCCGCAAAAUCAUUCCAUAAAAACUAGUUGUAGUUCAUUAAUUCUUGAUGAAGAUCAAUGUGACGACAGCGAUACCAAAGAAACCGAUGAAGUACAAGAUGCAGAUGUAGCAAAAGAAGAUAAGGACCAUUUAAGCCCUGGAAUGUUUUUCUUGCAUCAUUCAGAAGAAAGUUUAGAUAAUAUUAGUCAGUUACUGGACAAAGAGGAACACGCGGCUCCUGAACGACCUAAUAAUCGAAAAACAGAAGAAACGCUUGAAGCACAUAGCUCUAACAGAAAGCGAAAAUUAUCGGCAGACAGCAAGAUCAGUUUGGGAAAACAAGCAAUACUUCAGAAACUGAAAGAUACCAAAGAUAAAAUAAAAAUGCCCAAAAUAACUUUCCCCAUCAAACAAAAAAAACCUAUCAAAAAACAAAAAAAUUCACCACCGCCUCAAACAAAAAAUCCAACUCACAAAACCCAUACAUCACCUAUAGAACCUGUUUAUAUUCAUAUUCCUCUUAAACCCCCUCCAGGUGAAACGGAUGAAUUUUCGUCAUUAGAGUUUGAGACAGAAAGUGAUAAGAAACCUGUCAAAAAACCUGGAAGCUUUAAGGAUCUCGUAAAGAACUUGAAACAGCUACAAGAACCCAAAAUCGAUCACAAACUACCCUCACCUAUAAUGGAAGUAAAGGAAGAAGAAGUUUUUGAGGGAGAAACCACUAAAGAAACUGUUCAAAUUGAUGAAAAGACUGAAGAUAUUCAAGUAGCGAUUACCAAAGAGCUUACAAAAGAAAUAGUGGAACAAGAUCAACCGAAAGAAGUUCUAGAUUUGGACAAGCAAGAAACAGAAAAAGAAAGUGAUACUGAAUCCAUGGAAAUUGUAGAAAUACCCAAUAACGAUACAAUAAACGAAGAAAUAAGUAAAAUUGUAGAUGUCAAGAGGGAAGAAGAUGUUGCACAUAUUGAAACAGAAACUGAUAAUUCAGAUACUGCGCCUCCAAAUAAUGAUUUCUUUGACAAACUUUUUGAAGCUUCAACCUCUAGGCCAAGGGUAGACUCUCAAAAUUUGGGCAGGAAAACGCGAUCCAAGUCUGCUGAACCUGAACGAAAGAGGAAACUUUCUCUCGAAAGUAGCUACAGUAGAAAAAGUUUAUCUAAAUUGGGACUUAUGAAAAGACUUAGGGAUGCUAAAGAUAAAAUAAAGAACACAUUUUCAAGAGCUACCUCCAAGAAAGAUUUGAAAUCUAAUGAGCCUGAGAAGGUAAAACCUGUCGAGGUGAAGAGCAAAGAACUAAAACCUCAUAAAGUUGAGAAGCCUGUCUACAUUCACAUUCCUUUAAAACCGCCUGAAGGUACAACUGAUGAGUUUUCUCAUUUAGAGAACGAAACAACUAAACCUGUAUUACAACGAAGUGAAACAGUUUCUACUACAGAAGAAACGCCAGAAGAGUUACCUGGUAACGUCCAAUUCAUCUUUCUGACAGCUCCUUCUGACGACGAGAUUCUAGACUAUAAUAGCUCAGACGUACCGGAAACACCAUCCUCAGAACAUAAGCGCUUCUUUGCGACUAAAGUAAAUGAGCUUAAAGAAUUAGCGAAAGGAGCAGUAGAUGUCGUUACAACAGGAUCGACCAAAUUAACUCCAGUUAGUGAAGAAUCUGGAAGUACCAAAAACUCCAUCGAAGACAUUACGAAACAUUUAAUAGAGGAGGAGGGUAAAACAGAGAAAAAAAUUGAAACCAGUUGCGUAGAGGAGAUUAUUAGAAAGGUUGUUGAGGAGGAGAAAAAACUUGGGGAACAGAAAACUGUUCAUAUGACUGUAGAUGAAGAAGAUGGACUAAGUGAAAGUAAGAAAGCGGUAAUAGAAAGUGAAGAAGCUCAAGAGAAAAUUAAAGAAGGUGAAAAGACCGAUGCCCAAAGUGAGGAAAUAUUGGAAGAAACUGCAAAGGAACCACUAGUUGAAACUAAAGAAGUAAAAGAAAACAUACCCAUGGAUACAGACGAAGUAUUGGACUUAGAAGAAGCUGAAGUCGAACCUGAUGAGCCUAAAGAACAACUAAAAUCAGUUUUAAAGGCGCCAAACUCACCAGUUAUGAAAAAGAAAGUUUCAUUUAAGAGAAAAUCAAAGAGCAAAAGUGACAGUUAUGAGGAGAUUGCAGUACCAGAGACAGAAAUAGUGAAAACAGAAGAUGCUAAGACUGGAGAGUUGGACCAGUUUCCGUCUAUACCUGUAGAUGAAGAAGAUACGUACAUGGAGGAAAAAAUGGUCAAAGAUAUUUCUCUUGAGGAAAGAAAAAACAGAUGGUCUAAAAUAAGUGACCAUGAGUACGAGCCUGUGAACCCCCCACCGGACAACGUCGUAUUCGUCCCUACUCUACGUAAUAGUCCAGUUUGCAUAAUAGACACCGCGCAAGCUCUAAGCCCCCCAGAACCACUCAACUUUUCUCCCACCAAGACUUCCUUCGAAAACAUCAGUAUAUCCGCUUCAAAAGAAAAGUCUCCUAAAACUCAACGAGUAGUCUUCUCUGCAACUACUGAUUCACGCAGUUCUGGAUCAGAACCGAAGCCUAAGGAAGGACCAAGCAAGUUCCAGCUGGCUUUGAGAGAAAAAGCCGAUAAUUUCAAGACUAAGCUACAGAAUAUUAAGAAGCCUCAUAUUAGCCUGCCUGAUAGGCCCAAGUUCCAGAAGCCAAAUCUACAAAGGUUCAAAAUUGAAAGAAAAUUCAGCUUACCGAAAAUGCCAGACACUAGUAAAAUAAACAUGCCUAAAUUUAGCUUGCCAAAAAUGCCGACUAAAAAACCUGUAAAACGAAUGUCCUCGACGGAAUCCAACGCUGGUGAUUCUAAGAAACCAAUUUUCGACUUCGGUACUUAUCCUAGAAUCUUCAAGAAGAAGCCAAAGGCAUCCGACGGAGCUGUUUCAGACUUUGCUACGGUCCCUAGGGGGAAAAAGCCUGACAGUAGGACGACCGAAGAUAGUAGAGAUUCAAGAGUUAGUGGUACCGACUCUAUUCGAAUUCCGCUCCACUCUGAAGACUCCAUCUAUACAGAAGAUGACAAUGUACAAAAGAAACAACCAAUUUUCGACUUCGGUACAUAUCCUAAAAUCUUCAAAAAGAAGACAAAGGCAUCCGACGGAGCUGCAACAGACUUUGCUACGGUUCCCAGAGGGAAAAAACCUGACAGUAGGACGACCGAAGAUAGUAGAUCUUCAAGAGUUAGUGGUACCGACUCUAUUCGAAUUCCGCUUCACUCUGAAGACUCUAUGGAUAGAGAAGAUUAUAACUUACAAAAUAGAGAACUUCCAAGUGACUCCAGCGAUAUCAGGCAACCAUCUCACAGAUAUGACGAAGAUAUCGAUAGUGAGAAUGAGUAUGAUCGCGAAAACAGGGAGUUAAUGGAAGAAAGAGACUUCUUGAGUAGGUGGCAGAGAGGAAGGUUUAAUCCAGACGAAUUUGUAGAGCCUAAACCAGUUACUAGAAUAACCGACCUGGACUCUCCGGAAGAUAAAGGUUACGAUUUUCCUCCAAGCAACGGAAAAGAACAACGUUACUCGUCUGGUAGUUCUUUGGGAGUACACAGACAAGGAGUUCUCGAGGAAAUCAAUCCAGACGAAUUCUUUUUAAGGCAAAAGGGUAUAUCUCAGGAUAACAUAGAAGUAGGAAUGUACCUAAGUACCGAAAUCAGAGAAGCAUUCCGUAACCCUACAAACGCUUUGGUACAAAUGGAAGAAAAUAAUAACUAUGACGUUAAAGGUUCUCAUACGUCUCUACCAGAAAUUAUAAAUAAGAAAAAGCCUAUUAAGAAACCCAAAAGGAAAAAGACUCCUCAUGCUUCGCAGGAACAGAUACCUUAUGAUGAAGAAACUGCAGAUGAGGAAAUGAACACAUUUCCUCCUUCUCGUCCAAAACGUAGAAGUAGACGCAGAAAAAAGACUAAUGAAGAAUUCAUUCCGUAUCAAGAAACUAUUCCAGUUGAUUCGACAGAUGAAAGGAUAGCUCAACACAGAGAAAGUAUCGACAUUUUUGCUGACGAUGAGAGGGAAAUAGCUCAACAUAGAGAAAGUAUCGACAUUUUUGCUGACGAUGAGAGGGAAAUUAUGUACGAGAAUGAAAUCAUGGAGGGCAAAGAUCACCCUGAGAUUAAAAUUACAGAUCCGUAUAGAAAUUAUGGAGAUGACGAAGAUUUUGACAUAGAGGAGGAAGAGGAAAUGGAAGAAGUAUACAUUCCAGAGGCUCCACCAAGAAAGCAAAAGAGUAUGAAGAGUUUAAGUAAUUACGAAAAUGACUCCAACAGACUAGGGUCGAAAAUGCAGCAAGUGUUCUUUGAACGAAGGGUUACGGAACCCAAUAUUAUAAGCUAUACCAAUGACAGUGUCGUACCAGAAAGAAAAAGCUUUCAUAUGAAUGCUACAGAGCCUCAAUAUAGAAACAUUCAACAGAUCGAACCAGAUGAAUAUAGACAAAAUAUAGAACACCUCGAACAAAUAGAACCUGAGGAACACAUAGAACCAAUCGAGGAGGUGCUUGAACGUUACAAAUAUAUGGAUGAAGAUUUGGAAGAUGUUAUUCCCAUGGCUCCUGUCAGGAAGAACAAAAGUGUUAAAAGUUUGAACAUUUCUGAGAACGAAUCGCUUCAAGGAUCUUUGGGAGCCAAUAGAGCUGUAUUUAGUUCUGAGAAGGACUUAGAAGUACCGAUAGAGCCAAUCAGAACUGAGUCCAAGGUAAUAAUACCGAUAGCAACAGACCCUCUACCACCAAAAAGACCAUCUAGAUCAAGAUCACGAGGGGACUCCCGGGCAACGUCUCAGUCAAGAACUGCUCCACAGAGUCUAAACACCUCUCAACGAGAUCUAGAUAGUUUAUCGCUACAAACAGGACUAACGGCGGAAGACGACAUAGAACCAUGUGUAGAAGAACCUUGCGUUCAAAAAAUAUGUGACUACAUGGGGUAUUCCGUCAUAGAUAAAUCAAAAAUCAAAGAUCCACCAUUACCACCUCCUAGAAGUUUGAGGCGGAAGAAAAGAUCCACUAAAGUCGAUAAAGAAAACAAGUUCUUUACUGUUCCAAGGUCUAAACCUCCUAAGGAAGAUGAAGUACUACCAGUAAGACCACUGAGGAAUUAUAGUACUCUAGGGCCUUCUAGACUAUCAGUCACGCCAGAUCUUGUCGAAAAUAAAGAAAAUAUUGAUAUUACACAAUAUAUAGAAAUAGAAGACGAGCCUAAUAGAGACCUACAGUCUGGAGAGGUUAUCGAAAAAAUGAAAACAAGACCUUUACCAGCACCACCCAGACCGCCUAGAAAAACUAAACCUUUUCAGGAUAUUACAUCCAGUGUCACAUCCAGGGAGAAUAUAAUGUCACAAUCAACAGAAGAGUUGCAUAAAGAACAGCCCAGUGAAAUCGAGGUAUAUACACAAACUGAGCCGUUACCAGAUGAUUUUGUCUGUGAAGAAAUGGUUGAGGAAGCAACCGAUAGAGUAAUUAUACCUACUCAAGCUACAGAUGCGAUUACUGUAGAAAGAAGAUUAAUAACACCAACAAGCUAUACCUUUGAAGAAACUGUCACACACGGAUCUUUGCUAGUAGAGCCUCUCAAUGGUGCUAGGAUUCUACCGGAUUCAGAUAUAUCUGAAAGACCUAAAGAAAGGAUUGUACCAAUCCGAGUUGAAGAUGAUUUUGAUGAAACGUCGUCAAUUCCUGACGAUUUUCAUAAACUAGCAGAUCCCAAACCUGCAAAGCAAAGUUCAUCAGCGCCUCCUGGAGAAAUAGAAGUGCUUAAGGCCCAAAAGCUUCAAGUGACUGAUCUCGAUGUAGAUACUCUCACUGUUAAUAAGCUUUUAGCUGGAAAGAUAGUAGUUUCCGAAAUUGAUAGCGGUAACAUACAAACUAAUGAAAUUUCUUCAAAAACUGGAGCGUUAAAAGUUGGCGAGAUCAGUUUACCACCAGAAAUGAUACAGCAAAUUAUACAAACGAUUCAAAGCAGUCAAGCUUCAGAAGAAAAACCACAAGUUGACCAAGAUGGACAAAAAAAAACUCCGUUUGAUUUUUGCCCCGACGUAGAAACAUCCUCUGCCCAAUUACCUGUACCAGAAUGUCUCGAGAAAGAAAAAAUAGCAGAUUUAGCUUCAUCAGCAACUGAACCUGCUGCAGAAACUGAAUUUUCGGUUGCAGAAACUAAAGACACAGUUUCAGUUGAGACUGUAGAAACUGAAAGAAUAGAGGAUGAUAUUGCUUCAGAAGUACCUGCUGAAUUUGCAGAAUUGAAAUCUGAUAUAGCAGAAGCUUUAUUGAAAAAUAUUAUCCUAAAUGAAGCUAAACCCAGUGUUCCAGAAGUAUUUCCCGAAAAUAGCGAUAUUUCGAUAGAAGUACUGCCUAAAGAAGAAACUAUACCUUCAGAAGAAUCGAUACUUUCUCUUGGUAUACUUUCCAACGAAGACAUUUCUGUUCCCGUAGAAGAAGAGAAAGAUAGCCCUCCCGUAGUUCCCCCUAGAGCAGUUUCCCAAGAUGCAAAACCUAGUACGCCAAAUGAUCCCCUUCAAGAACCAGAAACAGUCCCUCACAGACCUCCCCGACAGUCCGAGAGACUCAAGCUUUCUCAGUCUACCAAUGAAGAAUCCGUACAAGAGCCUGAGGUAGACGACGAACCACCACCUAGACCUCCCCAGCCUCCAAUGGGAUAUUUACCUUCACAACCACCCACGAGCUUUUACGCCUUGAGGGCACAAAAGUAUGUUGAUGAUAACAUUCCCACUGUACCUAGAAGGAGAAGACAUGCUAAAUCGAAACAGUUGGCGAGGUCUAGCUCCGAGGAAUCCUCAGAGGUGUCUCAUGUAGUUCGAAGACACCCUCGAAGGGCUAGUGAUCCUUCGAUAGCUCAACUCUCUGGACAACUGGCGAGAGCCUGCGGUUCAGAAGCUAACAAUCAACUUAAAAGACUGAUAAAUUACAUUUUAAACAACGUUUUACAUAAUGAAGACGGGAAACAAGACUUAAACGUUAUGAUCAUUAUAAUUUUAGUACUAAUUGCAGGGCUGUUGUUGUUGGGGUAUGGAGAUGAAAGGACUGUCGUACACUUGCAUCAUUGGGAAUACUUUAAUCCCCCUAAAAAUUUGUAACCCGUUGCGAUUUAUUUUUUAACGUUCGAAUAGUUGUUACGUUUGAUUGUUUUUGUAAUUUUUAAGUAUGGUUCAUGUACAUAACAUUUAAUUGAUUUGUAAGACCUCAAUAAAACCUUGAUUUUAAAUUUUA